AUGGAAGCCAUCAAGAACAAAGUCGCAUCCGUCACCGGCAAGAAGGUUCUAUUCGUGUUGACCUCGCACGACCAACUGCUCUCCGGCAAACCCACCGGUUGGUACUUGCCGGAAUUCUGCCACCCCUAUGCCGUCUUCAAAAAGGCCGGGUAUGCCAUCGACAUUGCUAGCCCCAAAGGAGGCAAAGCACCCUUGGACCCAAGCUCCAUCGAUGGAUUCAAGGACGAUGCCGCGUGCAAGGAAUACUACCUCGAAAACGACGACGUCAAAAAACUGAUUGACAAUACAACGCCACUCUUUGAGAUCCAGCAUACCGCGUACGCUGCCAUCUUCACCGUCGGUGGUCAUGGUCCUUGCUUUGACCUGUACAAGGAUGUCAAUUUCAUUGAACUCACGGAGAAAUUCAUCGCUGCCGGUAAACCCGUUUCUGCAGUCUGCCAUGGACCCGUUGUCUUUGUCAAUGUCAAGAACCCCGAUGGCACACCCUUCGUGCAGGGUAAGAAAAUCACCUGCUUCACAGACGAGGAAGAGCGUCAAGCACAAAAGGUGGAGGAGAUUCCAUUCUUGGUAGAGACGAAACUCAAGGAGCUCGGUGCCAAGUUUGAGAACACAGAAGCUUGGGGUGUGCAUACCGUGCGUGAUGGUCAGCUCAUUACGGGACAGAACCCAGCUUCUGCUGAAAAGACGGCAGAGCUGCUUCUUGCCGCCAUCAAGGAGAACUAG